ACUCCAGGGGUGCUGCGGGGCCCCCCCAGAGCGAGACGUCUUCCUCCCGCCCCAUUCCUGAAGAAGCCGCCCCGUCGGUGCCUGAGACCCACUUGCGCCGAGUCUCCAGCCGCCCCCCUGGGCUGCGGGCGCUCCUAGGGGCUUUUGUGCUCUUUGCCAAAGUCUGAGGGUGACCCUGCACCCAACGGCUCCCUAGAGAAGGUGGCAGACAGAAGGCUCGGGCGGGGACUGGUACUGAGAAAGCGCGGAAACGGGGGAGGAGGAGUAGGAUUUAAGAAGGGUCAAAGCCCCGAGGUCGGAGCGAAGGGGGGUGGGAUCCAGCGUGGGAUGCAACCCAGAGCUCCGAUGGAAGCAACAACAACAAAAAGCCACUUCAUCACUCCAGCUCUGUGUCGCCUCAGCCCGGCAAAAACCAAACACGAAUACAAAUAAAAGCAGCAGAGGCUCGUAGACGACCGUAAACUCUGCGGGUGGGGCACGAAACAAAAAUAAACACAGGACAAGCCGGCCGGAGAGCGCGGGAGGAGGAGGAGGAGGAGGCGGAGGAGGAGGCGGAGGCGGCCCCGCAUCCCUAAUGAGGGAAUGAAUGGAGAGGCCCCCUCGGCUGGCGCCCGCCCACCCGGCGGCGGCCGCCAAGUGCCUCUGGGCGCUGCGUGCCGCGCCCGCCGCUCCGCGCGCAGCCGGCUCGGGCCGCUCCUCUUGAGUGAGGCGCGGCGGCGGCGGUGGCGGUGGCGGUGGCGGUGGCGGUGGCCGCGCGGACCGAGCCGAGACCUUCGCGCCCGGGGCUAGGUCGCCGCCGCCGCUGGGUCCCGCGCGCGUGGAUGUGGCCGGGCCGGGCGGCGCCGCACACCUGAGGCGGGGAGCGGGGCGCGGCGCGGGCGACGCUGUCAGGGCCGCGGUUCCCGACGCCGAGGCGCGCUCGCUGGGACGAGCCGGGCAGUGAUUUGAGGCACCGGGUUCACCUUCACCCAUGGCCCGGACAGCCUAGCGGGGCUCGCCGCUGCCUCCCGGCUCCCCUUCCCCGCCUCCCACCCCUCGGCGCCGCGUCCUGCCAUCCUCGCCUCCCCGCCGGCGCCCGGCAACCGCCUCGCCCGCCCGGAGCCCGCCCUCGUCACUGCCCGCGUCCCCCGGCGGCGCCGCCGCGGGAAGCGGCUCCCCCUCCUCCUCCUCCGCGUUCCCUUCCCUCUCUCCCGCGCCGGGGCCGCUUGUUGCACCGCCCGCGGCCUUGUGCUCGCGUCCGCACCCCUUUCCUGUCGCCCCCGGGGCCCGCACCCCAGCCCGGCCGGCGAGACCCCGGCCAGACCCCGCUGCCCGCACAAAAUGUCGGCCCGGACGCCAUUGCCGACGGUGAACGAGCGGGACACGGAAAACCAUACAUCUGUGGAUGGAUAUACUGAACCACACAUCCAGCCUACCAAGUCAAGUAGCAGACAGAACAUACCCCGGUGUAGAAACUCCAUUACGUCAGCAACAGAUGAACAACCUCACAUUGGAAAUUACCGUUUACAAAAAACAAUAGGGAAGGGAAAUUUUGCCAAAGUGAAAUUGGCAAGACACGUUCUAACUGGUAGAGAGGUUGCUGUGAAAAUAAUAGACAAAACUCAGCUAAAUCCUACCAGUCUACAAAAGUUAUUUCGAGAAGUUCGAAUAAUGAAGAUACUGAAUCAUCCUAAUAUAGUAAAAUUGUUUGAAGUUAUUGAAACAGAGAAGACUCUCUAUUUAGUCAUGGAAUAUGCGAGUGGGGGUGAAGUAUUUGAUUACUUAGUUGCCCAUGGAAGAAUGAAAGAGAAAGAGGCCCGUGCAAAAUUUAGGCAGAUUGUAUCUGCUGUACAGUAUUGUCAUCAAAAGUGCAUUGUUCACCGUGAUCUUAAGGCUGAAAACCUUCUCCUUGAUGGUGAUAUGAAUAUUAAAAUUGCUGACUUUGGUUUUAGUAACGAAUUUACAGUUGGGAACAAAUUGGACACAUUUUGUGGAAGCCCACCCUAUGCUGCUCCCGAGCUUUUCCAAGGAAAGAAGUAUGACGGGCCCGAAGUGGAUGUGUGGAGUCUGGGCGUCAUUCUCUAUACAUUAGUCAGUGGCUCCUUGCCUUUCGACGGCCAGAAUUUAAAGGAACUUCGGGAGCGAGUUUUACGAGGGAAGUACCGUAUUCCCUUCUAUAUGUCCACAGACUGUGAAAAUCUUCUAAAGAAAUUAUUGGUGCUGAAUCCAAUAAAGAGAGGCAGCUUGGAACAAAUAAUGAAAGAUCGAUGGAUGAAUGUUGGUCAUGAAGAAGAAGAACUAAAGCCAUAUACUGAGCCUGAUCCAGAUUUCAAUGACAUAAAAAGAAUCGAUAUUAUGGUCACUAUGGGCUUUGCACGAGAUGAAAUAAACGAUGCCUUAAUAAAUCAGAAGUAUGAUGAAGUUAUGGCAACUUAUAUUCUUCUAGGUAGAAAACCACCUGAAUUUGAAGGUGGUGAAUCAUUAUCCGGUGGAAACUUGUGUCAGAGAUCCCGGCCCAGCAGUGACUUAAACAACAGUACUCUUCAGUCCCCUGCUCACCUGAAGGUCCAGAGAAGCAUCUCAGCAAAUCAGAAGCAGCGGCGUUUCAGUGAUCAUGCUGGUCCAUCCAUUCCUCCUGCUGUAUCAUAUACCAAAAGAGCUCAGGCUAACAGCGUGGAAAGUGAACAGAAAGAGGAGUGGGACAAAGAUGUGGCUCGAAAACUUGGCAGCACGACAGUUGGCUCAAAAAGCGAGAUGACUGCAAGCCCUCUUGUAGGGCCAGAGAGGAAAAAAUCUUCAACUAUUACAAGUGGGAAGAAGGAAGGGCCAAGAUGGCUGAGUAGAAACAGUGCCCGUCUGCAGCUCCCACCGAGAGAAAGGCAAAAGAACAAUGUGUAUUCUGGAGGUAGCAUGGCAAGAAGGAAUACUUAUGUCUGUGAAAGGACCACAGAUCGAUAUGCAGCAUUGCAGAACGGAAAAGACAGCAGCCUUACAGAGAUGUCUGUGAGUAGCAUAUCUUCUGCAGGCUCUUCUGUGGCCUCUGCUGUCCCCUCAGCACGACCCCGCCACCAGAAGUCCAUGUCUACUUCUGGUCAUCCUAUUAAAGUCACACUGCCAACCAUUAAAGACGGCUCUGAAGCUUACCGGCCUGGCAGUACAACCCAGAGAGUGCCUGCUGCUUCCCCAUCUGCUCACAGUAUUAGUACUGCGACUCCAGACCGGACCCGCUUUCCCCGAGGGAGCUCAAGCCGAAGCACUUUCCAUGGUGAACAGCUCCGGGAGCGACGCAGCGCUGCUUAUAAUGGGCCACCUGCUUCACCAUCCCACGAAACGGGUGCAUUUGCACAUGCCAGAAGGGGAACGUCAACUGGUAUAAUAAGCAAAAUCACAUCCAAAUUUGUUCGCAGGGAUCCAAGUGAAGGCGAAGCCAGUGGCAGAACUGACACCUCAAGAAGUACAUCAGGGGAACCAAAAGAAAGAGACAAGGAAGAGGGUAAAGAUUCUAAGCCGCGUUCUUUGCGGUUCACAUGGAGUAUGAAGACCACUAGUUCAAUGGACCCUAAUGACAUGAUGAGAGAAAUCCGAAAAGUGUUAGAUGCAAAUAACUGUGAUUAUGAGCAAAAAGAGAGAUUUUUGCUUUUCUGUGUCCAUGGAGAUGCUAGACAGGAUAGCCUCGUGCAGUGGGAGAUGGAAGUUUGCAAGUUGCCACGACUGUCACUUAAUGGGGUCCGCUUCAAGCGAAUAUCUGGAACAUCUAUUGCCUUUAAGAACAUUGCAUCAAAAAUAGCAAAUGAGCUUAAGCUGUAAAGACAUCCACAUUUACAGGUUCAGGGAAGAUGCAUACAUAUAUGAGGUACAGUUUUUGAAUGUACUGGUAAUGCCUAAUGUGGUCUGCCUGUGAAUCUCCCCAUGUAGAGUUUGCCCUUAAUGCAAUAAGGUUAUACAUAGUUAUGAACUGCAAAAUUCAAGUCAGUAUGAACUAUAAUAAAUAUCUGUAGCUUAAAAAGUAGGUUCACAUGUACAGGUAAGUAUAUUGUGUAUUUCUGUUCAUUUUCUGUUCAUAGAGUUGUAUAAUAAAACAUGAUUGCUUAAAAACUUGUAUAGUUGUCUAGAUUUCUGCACAUAAAUGUACGUUUGAUGGUUUGAUUUGAAAAUGUUCUUCCCUGUUAUUUACAUUCUGGUGGGUUUUUUUAAAUUCUUACUUCCAUCUUGCAAUUUUUGAAAAUUGUGUCCAGAAUUAAAAGUGCAUAGAAAUAGUCUUUACAAUUGUAGCAUGGACCUUGAAAAAUUAUUUUAAGAUCAUAUUUAAAUUUAAACCAGAAGCUGAAAAAUAGAUCAGCUUUAUUAUACACAAAAUUAUUCCUGCUUAUCUUUGCUCUUUUCCUUGUUAUCCCAUGAGGUUUAGUUGAGAAGAUACAAAAUGUUUACAGUGUUGGCACUUAGAGUUUUUAAAUUCAAGUACAUGAAAUUCAAUAAUAGCUUUGCCUUGAGCUAACUAAGAAGUACUGGGGAAAAUGUUGUCUACAUCAAGUUUCUUUUGAACUUUGAAGUGUUUUCUGAUCCACUGCUAACUGUAGCAGCAAAAUUAAAAAAAAAAAAAAAACAAUACUUUAUCUGGCUAUUAUAAACUGUCACGUAGAGUUGCUGCCUUCAGAAUACCGCAAUGUAAUUGCGGGGAUAUAAGAAUAUUGGGACUGUUUCAUAGCACAGGCUCAUCUUUACAGUGUUGAUCAAUGCAUCAGUUAAGAAGUAAUGCCACCUCAGGAAUUAACUGGCAUUGGGAGCAUUUGCCUCAUUCUCCUACCCUCUUCACUCCGCCACUGUAAUAUCUAUAACUACUUAAGGGAGUUGUGAGCAAAACAUACUAUUUAUACCAGUAUAUUGAUUUAUGCUUCUGUGGUUGUUCAGUUUGUUCCCAUGUAACUGGUCUGUUUUAAAUAUGUUGCCAGAUUUCUUGUAUUUAUUCCACAUCAUUAUGCCCAUAAUGUGCCGCUUUGUGAUUGGGCAUUUGCCUACUUUUCUUUCAUAAUUAGUGAUAUAUGCGAUGUAAAACCACUAGUAAAGGUACAUUUUAAUACUUGUUAUUUUAUACUGAAUUAGCCUUGGAGGUUGACUGUGCAAUGUUAUUUACUGUUGUAAUUACUGUAAUAUCAACAUAUGGGCCCCAUCUGUACACUCUUGAAAAAUAGAAAGUGUAUUCAAAUUUUAUCAGUUUAAAGAAAAUAAAGCUGUGAUAAAUACUGUAAUUCCAACCUACAUUAGAAGGCUCUAAGUGUAGGUGAUGUGCCAUUCCAUAAUGGCUUCCAGACUAGGAUGCAUUUUACGUUCUGUACUGUACUGUGAUGUAGCUUUCUUCUGUAACAGUUAUGUUCUAAAAUGAAGUGGGUUUUGGGUUUUUUUUUUGCCUUAGCAAAGGGUGGUGUUUGAAAAAAAAUGUGUAGCCCCUUUUUAACCUAGUGUUCAUUCAAAAAAAAUGGAUGCAAAUCUUUAUUCACUUUCACUGGUGCACCCUGAAGUUUUACUUGAACAGUUCUCAUAAUAAAGCCCUUGUCGUUUGCUCUUUA